GGCCAGUACCGGUGAUAAGGGGAGCAUGGCCAUGGAGUCUGCCAAGGAGACCCGCUACUGUGCCGUGUGCAAUGACUAUGCUUCAGGCUACCAUUAUGGAGUGUGGUCCUGCGAGGGCUGUAAGGCCUUCUUCAAGAGAAGUAUUCAAGGACAUAAUGACUACAUGUGUCCGGCUACCAACCAGUGCACGAUUGAUAAGAACAGGAGGAAGAGUUGCCAGGCGUGCCGGCUCCGGAAGUGCUAUGAAGUAGGCAUGAUGAAAGGCGGGAUACGGAAAGACCGAAGAGGAGGAAGAAUGUCGAAACACAAGCGGCAGAGAGAUGAAGGGGAGGGCAGGAAUGAAGUGGGGUCCUCCGGAGAUGUGAGGACUUCCAACCUUUGGUCAAGCCCUCUCUUGAUUAAGUAUACUAAGAAGAACAGCCCAGCCUUGUCCCUGACAGCCGAUCAGAUAGUCAGUGCCUUGUUGGAGGCUGAGCCCCCCCUAAUCUAUUCUGACUACGAUCCUUCCAGACCCUUCAGUGAGGCUUCGAUGAUGGGUUUGCUGACCAACCUUGCUGACAGGGAGCUGGUUCACAUGAUCAACUGGGCAAAGAGGGUACCAGGCUUUGUUGAUUUGAGCCUCCAUGAUCAGGUCCACCUUCUGGAAUGUGCCUGGCUAGAGAUCCUGAUGAUUGGACUUGUCUGGCGCUCCAUGGAGCACCCAGGGAAGCUACUGUUUGCUCCUAACUUGCUCCUAGACAGGAAUCAGGGAAAAUGUGUAGAGGGCAUGGUGGAGAUCUUUGACAUGUUGCUGGCUACAUCAACUCGAUUUCGCAUGAUGAAUCUCCAGGGAGAGGAGUUCGUGUGCCUCAAAUCCAUCAUUUUGCUUAAUUCUGGAGUGUACACAUUUCUGUCCAGCACCCUGAAGUCUCUGGAAGAGAAGGACCAUAUCCACCGUGUCUUGGACAAGAUCACAGACACCUUGAUCCACCUGAUGGCCAAAGCAGGCCUGACUCUGCAGCAGCAGCACCGGCGUCUGGCCCAGCUCCUCCUCAUCCUCUCCCACAUCAGGCACAUGAGUAACAAAGGCAUGGAGCAUCUGUACAGCAUGAAGUGCAAGAACGUGGUGCCGCUCUACGACCUGCUGCUGGAGAUGCUGGACGCCCACCGCCUGCACGCGCCGCCUGGCCGCGGGGGCGUGCCUAUGGAGGAGAUGAACCCCACCCAGCUGGCCACCUCGGUCUCUGCUUCUUCACAUUCCUUGCAAGAGUUUUACAUCACCGACCCCACCACAGUCUGA